AUGAACGUCCAAUCCGAACUCGAUGCCCUAACAGCCCUAACAACAAGCAUCAAAGCAAAAGCCUCAGAAAACGAGAAACGCAUUAAAUCCAUGGUACGCCAGUUCCACACGAAAGAAAUCCAAGCCAAAAAGAACGGAACUGGAGAUCUCGACCGCAUCGGUAUACACCGGGAAAAUCUCAAUGCGCUCAUGGCAAAUGCAUUGCAAUUGAAGCUGGCGACCCGAGUCCUGGAGACGACGCGUGAUCUGAUUCGGACUACGGAUCGGGCGUCUAAGGGUGGGGAGGCGGCUAUACUUUUGUCGGGGACUAAUGUGGAUAAUGUGCGAAUUUGUUCAAGAGGAAAUGUAGUACUAGGUGAGAACAUCUUCACAUGUCCGACCUACACGGAACACGAAACACCGGCUGGAACCAUCCAGACAACAUGGAGCAUAAAACCCCCCAAAGAAAACUUCUUGAGGCUUCUCGACCAACUCAAAGCCGCCAGUAUCGAACUCAUAUCCUCGCACGAACGAAAGUCUAUCGAAGCUGGGAAAACUGCACUUGCCAAUGCCCUUGAUGAGAAAGAGAAAUGCGAUACCGAGAGCUUCCCGGUGUUGGCAGACCCCCCGGAGGAUGAGACGUCUCUGAAAAAAGGGUGGAGGAAACACACCAAGAGGAUUGAGAUGUUGGAGACGGAGUUUAAGGGGAAGGAGAAACAGUUGGAGGAUGCAACUAAAUUCAAUAAGGGUUAUGUGAAUGAUGUAGAGAGGCUGGUGAGGCAAUUGGCUUUGAGGAUGAAGAAUGAAAGGCCGAGAGAGACCGUUGUGUAUAGGGAUUUCUUGAUGGAGAUUCUUCAGAUGUAA